GGAAAUGUUGGGACAGUACGGCUCCGAUGGCGAAGUCGGAGGCGUCAGUGGUGACAUAGAAAUGGCGAGUGGGGUCGGCAAUCUUGAGGACAGGGACCGUGGUGAUGGUUUGCUUGACGGAGACAAUAUGGCCGAGGUAUUCGACGCUCGAAGCGGCAAACAUACAUUUGUUGAGCUUGGCAUAGAAUUUUUGCUCUCGGAGGAUCGCGAGGACUUGGCGGAGGUGCUGAAGGUGGGACUCGAAGGUGGGGCUGAAGACAAGGAUGUCAUCAAGGUUGACAACGACACAGACUUCGAGGAGGUUGCGAAAGAUGUGGUUCAUGGUGGAUUGGAAGGUAGCAGGGGCAUUGGUGAGUCCGAAUGGCAUCACGAGGAACUCGUAGUGCCCGAACCGAGAGCGGAAGGCGGUCUUGUGAGUGUCCUCCUCGCGGAUACGGAUCUGGUGGAAGCCACUACGAAGGUCGAUCUUGGUAAAGUACUUGGCUCCACGGAAACGAUCAAGGAGCUCGGAAAUCCAAGUGGUUUGCACUAUGGACGUUGGAGUAGCUUGCACUAUGGGGGUUGGAGUGGUUUGCGCGGUGGUGACGACCGUGAUGGGGGGGUGGUCCCUUCGAGCGUGGUGACGCGGUCGCAUAAAGAUGACACGUUGGCCUUUAUGUCGUCGAGAGAGGCGGUGACGGAGGUUUGGAAGGUGUUGAGUGCGUGGAGGAUGGCAGAGAGGUCGGGGGUGGCGGUGUUUGCUGGUGGUUGUUCGCCGGCGAGGUUGCGGGCGAUGCUAUCGACUGAGUCGGUGCGGAUGUCAGACAUGUUGAUGGAGGAUGCGGCUAUGUCGGGGGAAGAGGGGGUGGAGGACGUGGCCUGAACGGGGGUGGAAGAUGCAGCAGCAGCGGUGGCGACGGCGGCAGCACGUUGGGAGUUUUUGGUUUGGCGUGGUGGCAUGUGGAGGAUGGGGGGGAAUCCCCUUUUUUAUUUAUUAAUAAAUUCAAAAAUAAAGAUAAUCCCCAAGUUUUUUUUUUUUUUUUUUUUCCAAAAUAAACGCUGAACAGAAAG